ACAUGCCAUGAUCUACCCCAGUACAGGCGACUUUGUCGUCGUUACUACAUGGAGCUAUCUCAGGUGUAUGUGCUGCCUUGAUGUGGAUAGCGGAAGGAUUCCUGAUGAUGGCGUACCUCACUGAGGCUCAGAAGGGGACGUUCAUCAGUUAUUUCUGGCCAAUCUUUAAUCUGGGAGCUGUCGUCGGCUCCGUGGUAGCCUUCGGGACAAACUUUCACUCGACGGAAUUAGGCGAACAAAGUUGGAAACGGAGCCUAUGUAGGCCUCUGUAAUCGUGAUCAAGUUCUUAUGAUUGAUUUGAUCGUACUCACCCUCAUUGGUGUGACUCUACCCAUCUUCCUUGUAG